CCAGUUCCAAGCAUAUGGUAUGUUUCGAAACCCAAAUCCUACGCAGACUACUACUCGAGGAUCGUCCUCAGAUCAGAUCGUCGAAACGAAAGAUACGGCGGCGCGCGGCCAUGGUGGCCUCGCUCCCGCACGACCUCGUCCUCGACAUCCUGCUCCGCGUGGACGACGCGGCCGCGCUCUUCCGAUGCGCCGCGGCCUGCAGGCAGUGGCGCGGCCUCGUCGCCGACCCCGCCAUGCUCCGCCGACGGUGGCCGGAGGACGCGCGCCCCUCCCUCGCCGGCUUCUUCAUCAAGAACCGGGCCCGUGAUCAAGAGGCCAAGGUGCUCGUCCCGACGCCACGGUCGCCGCUGGGCCGCCGUUGCCGCAGCCUCCGCUCCUUCGUGCCAACCGUGCCGGACCGCGCGGUGUCGCUGGCCUCGCGCCGCGGGCUGCUCCUCGUGCGCCUCGUCCCACCCCGCGAGGCGGACCUUGACCAGACGGUCCUCCGUCUGGCCGUGUGCAACCUGCUCCUCGGCACGUGCCACGAACUCCCUCCUCUAAUGCGCACCACCUCUGUCGGGUACCGUGACUAUGGAUGCUACUGUUGUGCCGUUCUAUCCGGUGACGACUGUCGCUCCGGCGAACAGCCGCCGGGCAACUCACCCUUCUACAAAGUGGUAAUCAUCACAGCCGGCCAUGAGGUACACUGGACUAUGUUUGAUAUCCACACCUUCUCGACUGUGAAACCGAGCUGGAGUACAACGCGCUCCCAUGAAAUUAUGUGGGGCAAUACCCUCGGAUCAUUCUGUCAAACCGACGCCGUCGUCUGCCACGGCGUUGCGUACUGGCUAUUUCGUGAUGACAGAGAAGGGUGUUUCCAUCUCGUUAAACUGAUGAUUGGCCAGGACGACUAUCUCACAUUGACGUGGCUCCCGGUCGAGAUGUUGCCUGACCGAGAUCACCGCCCGUGCCUUCGCUUGAACAGCGAUGACACGCUCUCGGUGCUACAGAUGCAAGAGACAGGUUUCCAGCUACAAAUAUGUAGACAAGAGAGACAAGAGAGUUUCUAUGGUAGCUCACAAUGGCUCCACCCUCAGACGAUCGAGCUGAUACACCCAUACUGGAAGAAGACGGCCCAAGGAAAAGACACACUUUCCAUACUGGGAGAGAAGUGUGGCAAAUUGCUUGUCAUGGAUGGGCGCGGGCGCGUGUACGCCGCCGACCUCGAGACCGGAGCAAUGAAGAAGGUGGCGGACGGGCCUCACGCACGCCCUAACAGCCCUCUCGAUGCCGUGCUCUUAGAGAUGGACUGGCCGGCGUUCUUCGUUUCACGUCUUGGUAUAGACAGUGGAGAGGAAGCUGCAAGAAGAAGAAGGCCCAAGGGAAAAGGCGGUAGGAAGACUCGCAGCCAUGCCUAGGCAGCAGAUAGAGGAAUUAAUAUUAGGUUGUGUGUGUUUUGUUGGUGGCAAGUAGCUAUUUCGGUUUUCAAAGUCUUGUAUGGCGAGGAUGUUUGCAUGUGUCCUUAUUCUUUACUACACUAGAUGACCCGUUGUGCCAAUUGGCACAGAGACCAACUUUAGCCUAGAAGUUAAGCGAACUAUUUAAACAACUU